CGGCGUCCCCGAGCCCGGCUGCUCCCAGCGGGCUCCAAAGGCUCGCUGUGGGGCCGUGCCAGGCCCGUCCUCUCAGCCGCAGGGGUCGCCCGCUGUUGUUUGUGAGCGGGAGCUGCCUUAGCAGGGACCCCUGGGGUUUGGGGUGCCCUGGAAGCUCCUUUCAGGGGCUCAGCGUGGGCGGUUCUGGAGGCACCGCACCUGCCCCUGAGUAGCGCUAUGGCCUCAGCGGUUCGGUCAGACAACGAGCCCCUGCUUCAGGUCUUCUGCGUUGUUUUUCGCAAAUAUUUCGUUUGUAAGUGAAUGUGCAGCCUAAGCUGGAUCCAAGCCCUCAGAUUUGGAGCAAGGCACUGAGAACCACCAGCAAAUUGAGAAGCACGAGGCUGCAAGAUGUCGGGGCGGAGCGGGAAGAAGAAAAUGUCCAAACUGUCCCGCUCGAGCAGGGCCGGGGUGAUCUUCCCCGUGGGGAGGAUGAUGCGCUACCUGAAGAAAGGCACCUACAAGUACCGCAUCGGGGUGGGGGCACCCGUCUACAUGGCAGCUGUCAUAGAGUACCUGGCAGCUGAAAUCCUGGAGUUGGCAGGAAACGCGGCGCGGGACAACAAGAAAGGCAGGAUUGCCCCCAGACACAUCCUCCUGGCAGUUGCAAAUGAUGAGGAGCUGAACCAGUUGCUCAAAGGUGUGACUAUUGCAAGUGGAGGUGUCCUGCCCAGAAUUCAGCCUGAGCUUCUAGCCAAGAAAAGGGGUGCCAAAGGCAAAUCUGAGACCAUCCUUUCCCCUGCUCCUGAGAAGAAGGGGAGGAAAUCCAUGGUGAACAAAAAGAGUGGGAAGAAGGCAAAGUCUACCAAGGCCCGGACGUCCAAAAAGAACAAACAAAAGGACAAUGAAAAAGAAGGAGCUUCAAAUUCAACAACUGAAGAUGGACCUGGGGAUGGUUUCACUAUCUUGUCCUCCAAGAGCCUUGUGCCAGGCCAGAAGCUUUCUCUGACACAGAGUGACAUCAGCCAUAUUGGCUCCAUGAAAGUAGAAGGCAUUGUUCACCCUACAACUGCUGAAAUAGACCUCAAGGAGGAAAUAGGCAAAGCACUGGAAAAGGCUGGAGGCAAAGAGUUCCUGGAAACAGUGAAAGAGCUUCGCAAAUCUCAAGGACCUUUGGAAGUUGCUGAAGCUGCACUCACUCAGUCUAGCGGCCUAGCAGCAAAGUUUGUCAUCCACUGUCACAUCCCACAGUGGGGCUCGGACAAGUGUGAAGAGCAGCUCGAGGAGACUGUCAAGAACUGCUUAACAGCUGCAGAAGACAAGAAGUUGAAGUCUGUGGCUUUCCCCCCGUUUCCCAGCGGCAGAAACUGCUUCCCAAAGCAGACGGCAGCCCAGGUGACCCUCAGAGCCAUUUCCACCCAUUUUGAUGGCACCAGCUCUUCCUCCUUGAAGAACAUUUACUUUCUGCUCUUCGACAGUGAAAGCAUUGGCAUCUAUGUGCAAGAAAUGGCCAAGCUAGACACGAAGUAGCAACGGCAGCCAAAUGAAACUUUAUUUUUCAACAAACUUGAGUAGCAUUAAAAGCAUUAGAGGUGGGUUUUAUUUUUUCAAUGUGAUGAUGAGGGGGAGUGGUAGUAGUGUGACGUGUUGUGACUUGAUGGAGAGCUGUGAUUAGAGAUGAGAGGAGUUUAGUCUGAUUUCUUCAUGCCAUUUUUAUCACCUUAAGCAAUUGAGUUAUCAUCUGGCUUCAGGAGUUUAGUGUCCUUUGUUACUUUAGUUUAGAGGUUUUUAAAGAGUAACCUCAUUUUAGAUUUGUAGUGAUGAUUUCUUCACACACACACACACACACACACAUGCCACUUUCAAGAAAGCUCUUAAAAAUGUUCUGCUCCUUUUUCCCCUCCCUUUAGGGUAGAUGGUAAACUUCUGCCUUCAGCCCACAGAGAGGUGAAAAGGGUUUUAGAAGUGAUGCAUGAGGAGCUUCUGUUUUGCUUUUAACUCACAAUAACCUCUGUAAUUACUGAGAAUAUUUCAUGGUGAUUUUGUUUGUUUUAUAAGAAAAAAAGAAAAAGA